GCACAGCCCGGGCCAGGAGCCGUCAGCCGGAGAGCCCUGAGGCCGGGGCCGGAUUGCUGGGACCGGAUGGGUGCGGGCUGGGAGCCGAGGAUGCGGUGACCCGUGGGCCUUGGCCCAGGGCCUGUCCGAGGCCGAAGAUGUCGCCCCCCCUCCUGCUUCUGCUGCUGCUCCUGCCGGCCCGUGCCCGCCCGCGCCCCGCAGGGCCCGACUACCUGAGGCGGGGCUGGCAGCGCCUGCUGGAGGAGGGCGAGGGCUGCGGGCAGUGCCAGCCGGAGCGGUGCCCCGCGCCCCGGGGCUGCCUGGCGGGGCGGGUGCGGGACGGCUGCGGCUGCUGCUGGGAGUGCGCUAACCUGGAGGCGCAGCUCUGCGACCUGGAGCCCGCCAACAGCCACUUCUACGGGCGCUGCGGGGACGGGCUCGAGUGCCGCCUGGACGCCGGGGACCCGCGGCGCGGAGAGGCCCCCGAGCCCCGGUGCCAGUGCCGCCAGGCCAGCCCGCUCUGCGGCUCCGACGGCCGCACCUACCCGCACAGCUGUCGCCUCCAGGAGGCGGCGCGGGCCCGGCCCGGGGCCAACCUCAGCCUGGCACACACCGGGCCCUGCGAGGCAGCACCCCAGAUCAUGUCUCCCCCGUUCGACAUCUGGAAUGUGACUGGACAGGAUGUCAUCUUUGGCUGCGAGGUCUUUGCCUACCCCAUGGCAUCCAUCGAAUGGAGGAAGGAUGGGUUGGAGAUCCUGCUACCAGGGGACGACCCCCACAUCUCUGUACAGUUUAGGGGUGGUCCUCAGCAGUUUGAGGUGACCGGCUGGCUGCAGAUCCAGGCUCUGAGGGCCAGUGAUGAGGGGACCUACCGCUGCUUGGCUCGCAAUGCCCUCGGCCAGGUGGAGGCCCUGGCCAGCCUGACUGUGCUCUCCCCGGACCAGCUGAACACCACGGAGCUCUCCCUGCUGCGCCCCCCUCACCUGCUGGCCGAGGACGACUACGAGAGCGAGGAGGGGGAUGACUAUUACUAGGCUUGGAGGCUUCAUUCAUCCAGAUGGCUUGCAGAGGCAGGUCUUCCAUGGGGAAGAGCAGCCAGGCACCUCGGGGUGGGCUUUGCCCCUAAUCCCCCAGGCAGUCCAUUCCCACUUGGGCCCUCUCAGGGAGUGGGGCUUGGGUCUGAGGGUCAGGGGCCAGGCUGCUGAGAGGAAGGAGCACAAAUAAA